CUGCGAGUCAGUUAUCGAACGUCACAGAGCUCGGUACGCGAGCAGGCAGCGCGAGACGUUUCUACUGCUGCAAACGGUUUUUCAGGCGUUUUAACGUUUUACAAUAAAAAGCCUCACUGAUAAAGCUCUGAAAACGACCUUGGUGCUGUGCAAAGAAAAAAGCCUGGAUUUAAACACCUUUCUCACUUGCAUUUUUUUGUCUGUCGGUCUUCUUCCUGUUUUUCUUCUCUUCCCCGCAGUGCCGUGCUCGUCGCUGUACCUUUAACAAACAAGAAGUCGAGUAAAGCCAGACAGAAGGCUAGCUAGACGACGCAGAUUUCCCUUUUUCUCUCUCCUUCUUCUUCCUCUCCGUUCCUCUUUCUCUUGUGCUGGAUUCCCCGCGUCUCAGCGUCCACUCCGUGCCGCUCUAGCCGAGUGCGAAGCCUUAAUGCCCGCGGAGGAUGAGCCCAGCCAUCGAGGGGAUGGAGACCGAGCAGCAGCAGCAGCAGCUCUAUUUGGGCAAAGGUGUAUUGCUUGAGCCCUUCGUGCACCAGGUGGGGGGGCACUCAUGUGUGCUCCGCUUCGGAGAGCAGACCAUCUGCAAGCCGCUCAUCCCCCGGGAGCACCAGUUCUACAAGAGUCUCCCCGCGGCUAUGCGCAAGUUUACCCCGCAGUACCGAGGGGUGGUAUCAGUGAGCUUUGAGGAGGACGAGGAGGGGAAUCUGUGUCUCAUUGCCUAUCCUCUACACAGUGAGCUGGGGGAUCUGGAAAACGUGGACCCCUCAGCUGACCUGGAACCCAAGAACAAGAUGAAGUGGUCCAAUAAGAUGCUGCUGGACAAUGAAGGCUAUAGCAAGGACAGAACCAGACAUUCACGCAAGGACAAAGACAAAAGUUUAAAGCGUGAGGAGGAGCUGGAGUGGUUCCAGCAGGCUGAGGUACUCUAUUACAGCCUGGAGAGAAGCAAUGCAGCGGGACCUCAGUUCAAGCACAACCCCUGGAGCCUCAAGUGCCACCAGCAGCACCUGCAGAGAAUGAAAGAGAACGCCAAGCACCGCAACCAGUACAAGUUUAUCUUGCUGGAGAACCUAACAUGGCGUCACAGAGUCCCGUGCGUUCUAGAUCUGAAAAUGGGUACACGGCAGCAUGGGGAUGACGCUUCUGAGGAGAAGAAAGCUGUGCAGAUUCGCAAGUGCCAGCAGAGCACUUCGGCCAGCAUUGGAGUCCGCCUCUGUGGCAUGCAGGUCUAUCAGUCUGCCUCAGGCCAGCUCAUGUUCAUGAACAAGUACCAUGGCCGCAAGCUGACCCUGUCUGGUUUCAAGGAGGCCCUGUUCCAGUUCUUCCAUGACGGGCGACGGCUGAGACUUGAGCUCCUGUCACCGGUCCUGCGGAGGCUACGUGAGAUGCAGGCGGCUCUGGAGGCAUGUGAGAGCUACCGCUUCUACUCCAGCUCCCUUCUCAUCAUCUAUGAUGGAGAUCCCCCCCGCUCCCGCCGCUCCCCUGAAGAAGGCCUCUCAGAUGAAGAGGACGAGGAGGAGGAGGAGGAGGAAGAGGAGGAGGAGGAGGAGGAGGAAGAAGAAGAAGAAGAAGAGGAAGGAGGUGCAUUCGGGUUCCCUCGCAGUGCUGCAGGGGCUGGAGGCAGCAGCAGUGCUAGCAGCAGCAGCAGUGCCAUCAGCAGUAGUGCAGGAAGCAGCAGUAACUCUGCUGUGAGUUGCCGGGGCACCAGGCUGGACAUUGGGCCCGUGGUGGACGUGCGCAUGAUUGACUUUGCCCACACCACAUGCAGACACUACAGGGAGGAUAGCGUGGUCCACGAGGGCCAGGACAGUGGUUACAUCUUUGGCUUACAGAACCUCAUCACCAUCAUUUCACAGCUAGAGGACCACAGCACAGAUUAAGCUUCUUGUUGGGUCUCUGUCUUUCAGUCUCGCAAUGGACGCUGAGCUCUCCCAAGCACACCACAGACUGUGGGCUUGGGCCAUGGGAGUUUCUACUGUCUGUCUCUUUUUGUUCUUUCUGUUCUCAUUCUAGUUCUUUCAAUACCUUCAGCCCUCUUGAAUUGGAAAUUAAUGUGGCUAAGAACUUGGCAGGUCCAUUUGUGUCUUUCAUUGGUGUUUUUGUUACUUUUUUGUUUUUUGUGUGCACAGAGGAUUAAAAAGGGUUGAAGUGGCUAACAUUGAGGACAUGGCAGCGGUUUGUUUACUUCACUCAAAGACUAGUAGCCUUCCUCACGUUAUCCUUCUCUACUGUUAAAAGUUUCAUGUCCCUGCACUUUCUUUGUGGACUUACAGAAAAAAAUAUACACAAAAAAAAAACUGAUUCCAGUCCCAACCCCAUUCCAAAAGAAGUGUCUAGAGCCACAGCUUGCACUCAUAUUUGCUCACUCUGGAUUCAGAGCAAAAGUGGUACGAGGAAAGACUUCUGAGUGGCAUUCAGAAACGAUCACCCUCGCUCUUUUUCCUAUUGAAAAGAGACAACUAUAUUCAAUUAGGUAGUAGAGACAUACAAAGACUCUAAUAGAGCUUUAUUUAUUUGACAUACUGUAUUUCUUAAAUAAACUAAAAAACAAAUUAAAAACAUGAAUUAAGGCUGAAAGAUGACAUUCCAUGUUAAUGUUAUAAUAAUGAUAUUAAUAAAUAUUUGACAUGUUCAGAUACCUCUCUUAGAUAUCUGUGUUAUCAAGAGUAUGUUGGAGGUCAAAUAAAACUGCUUUUUAUUAAAUGCUGAA